UUGAUCAAGUGUUUUGUUAAAGUCAACUUGGACCUAAUGUUACCACAUAUUUCGCAUGUUUGUGCCGCGCGCUACUGCGCAAUCCCACGUUCUGCGAUCGCUGACGCUACGGGGAGGAGGAUGGGUCCCGCUGUUGCGUAGUAGGUAAAGUCGUACGGUAGUGUGCGGAAGGUGACGCGUGUUCGUGAACGGCUCGUCCGAGGAAACGGCAUGAUGAUCAGCGAUACCGGUUCACGUUUGUACGUGUGGCGCACGGCCGUGAUUGUGAUUGGCGAACUUAGAACUAAGUGUAUCAGUAGUGACAAUGCGUUGUGAUCUUAGUUGUCGUCGUACGAAAAAGUCGAGGUCGUCGUCGUCGCCGUCGUCGCCGUCGUCGUCGUCGCCGACGUCGCCGACGUCGUCGUUGCCGCCGUCGUCGUCGUCGUCGUUGUCGUCGUUGUUGUCGUCAUCGUCGUCAUCGUCGUCAUCGUCGGGUGCACGUUGUCAUAGCUUACCUCGGUAUUCGACACCGGUAUCCCGACACGGUCCAUCGUGGAAUGGCAGCGGCCCUAAAGAAAAAUCACUCACGUAGAAGAUUGGCCGCCCUUACAUUCCUAUCCAACAUCUCCCUUGACGGCAGUCACCGGGACACCAAGUUCGCCGUCCUGUCACGCGGCGCAGGAUCGACACACACGCGCAGAUUUAGCGAUGGCCAGGUGGAUCAGCAGGCUGUGCUGGAAAUAUGCCGGACCGCUAACCUCGAGGUCUCCAUGGAGGAGAUCCUAGAUGGCUGUCAUCCAGAGGAAACGCACGACUACUCACAGAAUGACACGAUAGAGCAGAACAACUCGCCGCAGCCGGUGCACAAGAGCACCGAUCACAACUCUUUCAGUUCUGAUUCGGAUGGACUACUCACUCCUGCCAAGGCAGCAGUUACCAUGUUUUUGGAGCAGGAGAGAAAUCACCUGCAGUUUUCUUGUGGCAUGCAUAGUUCGUUUAGAGAACGAACGGGAACUACCGGAAGCGACUAUUCCUUACCAGAAAGACGUGUGGGUUCUCUACAAUAUAAGAAGCGCAUAAGUCAUCAAACAUCUACGCUUUCGGAAGACAUUAAGCAUCAAUAUAACAGUAGCAACGAAAGCAUUGGCUCCAUACAUUCAAAAGCACAAUCAUCAAAACCAAAGACGAAGGCAGUGAAUAACGUGCAAGCUGUUUCUACAAAUAGUAGCAUAAUACCAGAGAUUACAAAGGAAUUGCGUUUGAUGCAACGCCCUGUGAAUGGCUGUAAAUUUGGGGAUGAUAGAUUGGUUUUGGUAUCAAACCAACAUGUGCCAUUUGUAGUAUUUUCUGCUAUUCCAUAUAAUAAAGGACAACGUUCCAGUUGGUCAGAAUUACGUAAAGAUACAUGUCGAAGAAAAAAUGUGUCAUCUCAAAGACCAUUGUCAGCAAUUAAUGACAGUAUUGAUCCAUUUGGAUUGCUGGGUAUAGAGCAUGCAAAAGACGGCCAAGAAAUAUCUUAUGGACAAUUGCUUGUUCCAUCUCGACAAUUCCAAAGAGAUAAAAAAUUGAAUCUAAAUGAAAACGAACCUAUAGAACUUCCACAUUUUAUACCUAAUAAACAUCAUGUGGUACAAAGGACAAAAACAAUUACUUGGAAUGUGGAUCACAAAAAAUGGUGUCUUUCCUAUGAUACAGCUACAAAUCGUGCUCAUUACAUAACUUCCGAAUCUCCACCAUUGUCUUUUAAUACCGACUCCAAAGUUUAUGAAUGGGAUGAACAAUCUGCUCAAUAUAAUCCAAAUUUACUUGAUGAUCCAGAACUCAUCGCUGGAAAACAUAGAACAUUACUAACAUUUACGUCAUAUAUGGCAUCUGUUAUUGAUUAUGUAAGACCUUCGGAUUUGAAGAAAGAAUUAAAUGAUAAAUUUAAGGAAAAGUUUCCGCAUAUUCAACUUACUCUCAGUAAACUGCGCAGUUUGAAGCGAGAAAUGAGAAAAAUAGCUAAAUUAGAAUAUGGCAUUGACUUACUUACUGUUGCAAUGGCCUACGUAUAUUUUGAAAAACUUAUUCUUCGAAACAUUGUAACAAAACAGACACGGAAGUUGUGUGCUGGUGCUUGUUUACUUCUUGCAGCAAAAUUGAAUGAUGUGAAAGGCGAUAUUCUUAAAUCCCUCAUUGAGAGAAUUGAGGGUGUAUUCCGAUUAAAUCGCAAGGACUUAAUUACUUCUGAGUUUGCCGUAUUGGUAGCUUUAGAAUUUGGUUUGCAUUUGCCAACCUGGGAAAUAUUUCCUCAUUAUCAACGACUGAUUUAUGAAUCUUGACAUCCUUUGGUAUCAUUUUUUCCACGCAGUGUCAAAUCCUCCUUAUAAGAAAAUCUCAAAGCGACAAAAGCAUAUCCGUAAUGAGUAAUUUUAAUGUCUGAAAACUGUAUAAAUAGGCUUUUGAAAAUAUUG